AACAAUUUAUUUUAUAUACAUACAUAUAUAAUAUUUUAUAUAUAUAUUAUUGUAUAUAUAUAUAUAUAUAGAUAUAUUUAUUCCUAAAUAGACCAUCCAUACACACAAAAGUCGUAUGAUUUAACAGUAUUAAGAUAGAAGGUGAAAAGGCCCAAAGUCCUUAAUAUUUUAUGUUAAACAAAGAUCGCCAACCUCAACCACAUUUACUGAACGGUUUUAAAGCAUAUGUAUAUAUAAACAUAUAUAUUUGUGGAUAUACGGAUUACAUAUUGUGAACAACUUGGAAAAAUAUUUUUUUGAGCGGAAAAAAGAAAUUUUGAAUGACCAGAAGUUAAGAGAGAAAAGUGUUUUGUAAAAUUUUUUAUUUCGUUAUUGGAUAAAAAUAUUUAUUAUACACACAACUACAUAUAUAUAGUUUCACACAUUUAUAUAUAUUUAUAAAUAUAUAUACUCAUAUUUAAAUAAUUCCAAAACAAAAAAGCAAGAUGCCUGAUUCAGGAGAAAUAGAUGUUCUUACACCAACAUUAAGUUUACCAGAACGAAGAAGGGCUGGAUUGAAACUGGAAUUCGGUUCUUUGAAUGUCGUGAGCAAGAAAUGCAAACUGGAAAGUUUAUCAGCCGAUGUCGGCCUGUCUGAUAUGUCGAACGGUACUUUACGCCGGGCGCGAACUAUAACCACCAACGAACUGGCCGGACGUUUGUCGUCGGGUCGCGCAAAAAGUAUGCUGAUUGUUGACUGUCGGCCCUUCUUGGAGUACAAUAUGUCACACAUACGGGGCGCAAUCAACGUCAACUGCAUCGAUCGGUUAAACCGCAAAAAACUGCAACAAAAGGGUAAAGUGGCUCUGGUCGACUUGGUCACCACGAAGGAGGGCAAAGAGAUGUUUCGGAGACGGUCUGCCAAGGAGAUUAUCUUGUACGACACUUGUACGAGAGAUGAAAGCCACUUAAGCAGGGACAAUGCAAUCACAGCCAUCCUCAGUUUACUGUACUGGGAGGGAAAAGAGGCAUUUAUUUUAAAAGGGGGUUUACGGGAAUUCAAGUCAAAACACGAAAAUCUAUGCGACAAUUUACUAUGGAUGCCGUCAGAAUGUCGUUUGUUAUCGUCAGAGUGUCGUAUAGUACACAGUCCUUUGACGCCAUUAGUUGAACAUCAAAUCGAAGCAGCCGAGGUUUCACGAAUAUUGCCUUUUCUCUAUUUAGGUAACGAGCGAGAUGCUGGUAAUUUACAAAUUCUGAAAGAGUUAGAUAUAACUUAUAUUUUAAAUGUCACGUCACAUGUUCGACCCCAUUUCGAGAGUCAAGGCAUUCAUUACAAAACGAUACCAGUAACGGACAGCGGUCACCAAAAUCUACGGAAGUACUUUGAUGAUGCCAUAGAAUAUAUAGAUGAGGCCAAACGAAACGGCGCCAAGAUCUUAAUCCAUUGUCAAGCUGGGGUAUCACGGUCGGCAACGGUGACCAUCGCAUAUUUAUUGAAACACUCCACCCUCAGUAUGACAGAUGCUUACCGAUACGUAAAGCAGAAGCGUGCCAUCAUUUCGCCGAAUUUUAACUUCAUGGGACAACUUAUGGAGUUUGAACAAUCCUUAAACAACGGACUCUCGCCUCGAAUCCAUGAGAAAUCCCGAGAAGAGUUUGAUGAGAUUGACCGCUGGUUAUAGCGAAGCGUCCAGUUUUUGUAAAUCCUGUGUAUAUCUUUUGAUUGUAUCUAUACGCACGCGCGCGCAUGUGUGUGUGUUUGAGAGAGAGAGAGAGAGAGAGCAAAGUGAAACGAGAGGAGUCGUGGCCGAAAGAGGCUUCUCGUAGCAACAUGUCUUUCGGCUCAAAGCCGCGAAUUGACCAAGCCAGUCAGGGAAAAAUAAAAAGCUGUCUUUGAUGGAGAAGUGCGUUCGAUAUAUCUUCCAGGUUCCAUCAACCGCCUGGGAGAUUGUUUUGGGAUUUUUCUUUUGUUUUUUUUUUGUCACAUACGCAUGCUGUGUGUCACACCUACUGAGUCUGUAACGUGAAGACAACGUAAAGACAUGCAAAUAUAUGGUACACGUGUGUGCGUGUGUGUGUGUGUGUGUGUGUGAGACUUGCGAAUCGGUCUAAUGAAGCUAGUCUUAUUAAAUCUCUCUCUCUAUCUCUCUGUCUUGAAACAAACGAUAAAUGAGUGAUGGUGAAAAUUCCUCAAAAAUAGCCAAUUCACAAAUGCAAUCAACUAAUCAAAACACACAACUACUACCACUGCUGUCAUCACCAUCAAUCAUUUGCCAUUGUAAUAUAAUAUAUAUAUAUAUAUAUGUAUGUAUAUAUGUA